AUGGUUCAGUCCCAGUUUAUUGCCCUCGCCGCCCUCGCCGCCACUGCCGUCACCGCCGCCACGGACAAGAUCUCGGUCCAAGUGCAUCGCAACUUGGAAAUCGCCGAGCAGUCGAAUAUCGUGGUGAAAUUUUACUGUGACGAGGCCCUCACCACCCACCACCGCCGACUCAAGAGCGGCGCGUCUCGCACCGAAACCAUCGAGUCACUGGUUGAUUCGUUGAAGGAGCACACCGCAAAAUCUCAGGCGUCGGUCAAGUCGCUCCUGGCCAACCAAGUUAAAUCGACGGCUGUGGAAGUGGUGGGUACUACAUGGAUCCAAUGUUCCAUGUACAUCAACAACGCCCCCACCGACCUCGUCUACAAGUUCGCGGCGUUGCCGGAAGUCAAAUCCAUUUACGAGCCAGUUACAAUGACACUCAGUGAAACCCAAAGCAAUGACAAACCAGCAAGUGCUGUGAAUGAUGACAUCGCAUGGGGGGUCAAGCAGAUCCAAGCGCCGGCUCUGUGGGCCAAUGGCAUCGAAGGCGAAGGCAUUGUCGUGGCCAACAUCGACUCCGGUGUUCGAUAUACCCAUGAGUCGUUGGAGUCAAACUGGCGAAGAGAAUACGGUUGGUUCGACCCGUACAACAAGACAAACCACCUUCCUGACGACCUGAGGGGCCACGGUACUGCCGUCAUGGGCAUUAUGGUGGGAACGAAAGGUAUUGGUGUCGCCCCCAAAGCCAAGUGGAUUGCGUGCAAAUGGUGCAACAACGGUUGCAAUGAACUCAUGAUGGUGAAAUGCGCCCAAUUCCUGCUUUGUCCCCACAACAACGACGGCAACAAAUGCGACCCCAGCAAGGCCCCUCAUGUGAUCAACGGCAGCUUUGGAAGGCACACCAGGAACUUUUCUUUGGAAGAUAUCAUUGCAAAGUGGAGAGCAGCGGGAAUCAUUCCCGUAUUUGCGAACGGCAACCACGGCCGUGAAGGCUGUACGUAUUCAGCUUAUCCUGGCAUGUCUCCUCAAGUGAUUGCUGUCGGCCACACUGACUCCAACGAUUUUUUGGCGUUGGAUUCAAGUUUGGGACCUUCCAUCUUGAACAAAACAAUCGUCAAACCCGACAUAUCGGCUCCUGGUGAAAACAUCCGUUCCGCAGGACACUUGGGUGACGAUAGUUUCAUCUCGCAAUCUGGCACGAGCUUGGCCGCGCCUCAUGUUGCUGGAGCCAUCGCCUUGUACUUGUCUGCCAACAAUGGCGCCUCGUACGACCAAGUGUACAGGGCCCUGACCGAGCAUGCGGACACGGACACGUUAACUCCACCCAACAAGACCUGCGGUGGCAUUCCCAACACGCAGUAUCCCAACAACCUCUUUGGCCACGGCCGCUUGAACAUCUUCGAGGCCGUGGCUGCUAGCAUCCGCGGCCUGAUUCUUCCCCCGCCAUCCGAGUCCACCCAAGUCCUGAACCCGACCGAUGACCUAAGCACGUGUGGCACCUUGGAAGACAACACGCACUAUAUUGGCGGCGACUUAGCUUCGUUCAAUCUGACGACUGUUGAAUCCUGCUGCGCUGAAUGUAAAAAGACACCGCGAUGCAAAGCGUUUGUGUGGUAUACCCUCAACGGUGGCUUGUGUUGGCUCAAGGACACCCAGGGGCGAAAGGUGCAUGUGGACGGAGCCAAGGCUGGCGUGCUACCAGCCCCAGCCUCGGAACGACGGCCGUAG